AUGAAUGAACAACAACAAAAACAAAUAUUUGAUAAUAGCACGAAAUUAUAUUCUUUUAUCACAUCACAAUUAUCAUCAUCUUUAUCACCAGUUCGUACACGUACUGUAGUUAAUGUUAUUUAUAUAUCAGGCAUUGUUUUUAUGAUAAUCGUUUUUCUUGUUUUACUUUGGAUUAAUUUAUAUAGUCGACGAUGUUGGUGUUGGCAUGAUACACCACUUAAUCAUAGAUUUUAUCAUGAAUGGAUAAUAACACGUUCAAUAAGAAGAAGUACUGAUACAUCAUUAUCAAAAAAUCAACGAGAAAAAAAAUUAUCAAAUAAUAAUGAACUUCUUUCUUAA